AAAAAACCGUCUCCUUCUCCGUCUCCGUCUCCUACCCCACACGACACGAGCGCAAAGCCGCGCACGGCGAGGCAAAGCGAGCGCAGGCAGACAAAUUUUACUUUCCUCUUCACGCUCCAUGGGUUGCUGCGGUUCCUCGCUGCGGGAGUGGGCCCACGCGGAGGUUAAGCCGCCCCGGCCGCGGCGGCCGCCGCCUCCCCCUCCGCCGCACCGGCCGUCCUUCUCCCUCAGCGCGCACCAGGCCGCGCAGCCGCCGCCGGGGGCGCGGGCAGGGGAUGUCCCGUCGUUCGCGGAGUUCUCGCUGGCGGACCUCCGCGCGGCGACUGGCGGCUUCGCGGCGGAGAACAUCGUCUCAGAGAGCGGCGAGAAGGCGCCCAACCUCGUCUACAGGGGCCGACUACAGGGCGCCUCCGGAGGCGCCGCCAGGCGUGCUAUCGCCGUGAAGAAGUUCGCCAAGCUGGCCUGGCCCGACCCCAAGCAGUUCGCGGAGGAGGCCAGGGGGGUGGGCAAGCUGCGGCACCGGAGGCUGGCAAACCUGAUCGGCUACUGCUGCGACGGCGACGAGCGGCUGCUUGUUGCCGAGUUCAUGCCCAACGAUACCCUCGCCAAACACCUGUUCCACUGGGAAAACCAGACUAUUGAAUGGGCUAUGCGUCUGCGAGUUGCAUACUACAUCGCUGAAGCAUUGGGAUAUUGUAGCAAUGAGGAACGGUCUUUAUAUCAUGACCUAAAUGCAUACAGGGUCCUCUUUGACGAAAAUGGUGAUCCUUGUCUCUCAUGCUUUGGUCUGAUGAAAAACAGCAGGGAUGGGAAAAGUUAUAGCACGAAUCUAGCAUAUACACCUCCAGAAUAUCUGAGAAAUGGCAGGGUCACACAAGAAAGCGUCAUAUUCAGUUUUGGCACAGUACUCCUCGACCUUCUAAGUGGAAAGCGCAUACCUCCUUCCCAUGCACUUGAUAUGAUAAGAAGCAGAAACAUGCAAGCACUAAUGGAUUCACAUUUGGAGGGCAACUACUCAACAGAGGAGGCUACUACUUUGGUGGAUCUUGUUUCACAAUGUUUACAGUAUGAACCAAGAGACCGACCUGAUAUAAAAAAGUUGGUUUCAAUUCUUGAGCCUUUGCAAACCAAGUCAGAGGUGCCAUCCUAUGUGAUGCUUGGAAUUCUGAAGCCUGAGGAGCCAUCGAAGGCACCUCCUAGUCCUACUCCACAACACCCUCUUUCUCCCAUGGGAGAAGCUUGUUCCAGAAUGGACCUGACUGCCAUCCAUCAGAUUCUAGUCUCGAUGCAUUACCGAGAUGAUGAAGGGAGUAAUGAGCUAUCGUUCCAAGAAUGGACACAACAGAUGAGGGAUAUGUUGGACGCACGGAAACAGGGUGACUUUGCUUUUCGAGACAAGGAUUUUAAAGCAGCCAUCGAUUGUUAUACUCAGUUUGUUGAUGUCGGGACAAUGGUGUCGCCGACAGUUUAUGCCAGACGAAGCUUGUGCCACCUCAUGUGUGACCAACCUGACGCAGCCCUCCGGGAUGCGAUGCAAGCACAGUGUGUCUAUCCUGAUUGGCCCACAGCUUUCUACAUGCAGGCAGUCGCCCUGUCCAAGUUAGACAUGCGGAGCGACUCCACUGACAUGCUGAGUGAAGCAUCGCAGCUGGAAGAGAAGAGGCAAAAGAGCAUAAGAGGCCCAUGAAGAACAUCUUGAACUCGGAGAAGUGGGAUCCGGAGCAUUAGAGGACCUAUCUGUUCACUCAAGAGCAUUAGAGGACCUAUCUGGAGAAGAUGUUCACUCAAGAGUGUCGUGUGAUUAAACAAAAGAAGGAACUCAUUAAUCAUCUGGUUUGGCAUUCCUGUCAUAGGCGGUUCUUUUUUUUUUGUCUAUGUAUAUAAUAACAUCAGCUGAGCACGCAGGAAGCAUGGAGGGUUCAUUUGUGAUUGUUACAAGUUGAAACCGAGUGUUGCUGGGUGUUCAGAAGGGUUGUUGUAGGUAAAGCUAAUAAACUUAUAAACAUGUAUUGUAUUGUAUGUAUCUAUGUAUAGAAAAUUAUUAUUUGGAGGUAUUC